ACAACUCGGCGCAAAUUAGUAGGGGUGGUUUCUGUUGUGCAGAGAAAUGGUUUAGUUUCCAUAAAAACGUUACAGCCGGUGAACCCUAAAAGAUUGCCUCUUACGAAGCAAAUGGAUGGUGGCAAUUCGGGGUGGCGGCCGCCUUCAGUUAUAUUUGUUCCACUACUUCUAUGUGGCGGGUUCAUUUUCUACAUAGACGUCUUCCAUUUAAAAACGUUUAGUGUAAAUGCAUCGUUUAAAUUGUCGGCGCCCCGUUUUAUUGGAUAUUCAAAGACGAACGAUUUACGUGGAUUUCUUGUUAAGACUGAAGCUUGUAGAAUACCUGAUAUGGAUCCAUUCGAUUCGUCUGUAAAACGGUACAUCAGUAAACCCAAGCAAUUUGUAUGUAAUAAGAAUAAACCGCCUUUAAUGGAAGCGAACCUUACGUACGUAUACAUGUUAAACGAUUCAUUAUCGUCUUACCUAGUCAAAGACCUUAGUGCUUUAAAAUGUUGUUAUUCGCCUUUCUACCGCGUGGAACCAAGUUCAACACAAGGUGAUACUAAAAUUUCUUAUAACAAAUGUGUUCAAUUUAACCAAAGUGCAAAAGUCGAAGAUGACUUUAUACGCGUUGCGUGUACGUAUGAGAAAAAAGAAAUUUAUAAAGAUUUCUUUUCGUUUGUACCAAUAAAACCUCGAAUAACCAAGUUUUCUACGGAACCAAAGAAACUGAACGUGCUGAUAAUUGGAUUGGAUGCCGUUUCAAGACUGAAUUUUCACAGACAAAUGCCAAACACAGUGAAAACGCUGAAAAAUAUGGGCGCAGUUGAACUGCUAGGAUAUAAUAAAGUUGGAGAUAACACAUUUCCUAAUUUGGUACCGGUACUAACAGGCUUGCACGAGUCCGAGCUUAAAAAAGACUGUUGGCCCAAGAAAACUGACAAAUUCGAUAAGUGCAAUUUUAUUUGGAAAAAUUACAGCGCGUCUGGCUACGCGACCGCUUUUGGAGAAGAUGCCACGUGGAUGGGAAUUUUUAAUUACGUGAAACGGGGUUUCAAACAACAACCGACUGAUUAUUUCUGGGGGCCUUUUGAUUACGCUUCCGAAAAACAAAUCGGCAACGCUCAUGAUAUGAAUGUAAAUCAGUGUAUCGGAUCUAGGGCAGUAUACAAGGUACUUCUAGAUUACAUAAUGAAGUUUGUGAACACCAUGACUCAAAGACAGAUACCCUAUUUUGGAUUCUUUUGGGGUGCGAGCUUAUCGCACGAUUAUUUAAACAAACCGCAUCUGGGCGAUGACUCCUACACUGAUUUUUUUAAUCAGCUGGAGCAAUCGGACUUCUUAAAGAAUACCGUUUUGAUAUUCAUGAGCGACCAUGGUAUACGAUGGGGUGAUAUUCGUUCGACUUACCAAGGAAGAAUGGAGGAGAGGCUACCGUUUCUCUUUAUAGUUCUACCCAAAGACUACCGUGACAAUUUUCCGCAAACGGUUGCAAACAUGAAUAGAAAUGUUAACCGAUUGACUACCCCAUUUGAUUUACAUGAAACCUUGAAGGACUUAUUGAACCCCUAUUCUUUGCAAAAUGUGUUCAUAAACGAGCGAAUUGGCAAACGAAGUGGAAAGGAGAGAAGUUACAGUUUAUUUGAGCCGAUCCCAACAAACAGGACGUGUGAGAAGGCUGGUAUUUCUUCUCACUGGUGUACCUGUCAAGCCAGUGCCUCUAUCAGUAAGAAUGAUAGUGUUGUUAUUGAUGCCACUAAAUUUGUUGUUAAUUAUCUAAAUAAUCAACUGAAGGGCUACGCAGAAUGCGCGAAUCUAACGUUAGCAGAGAUUUACGAUGCGCGCAUCCAUGCCGUUAAAGACAAUCUAAAGGGCAAUACAUAUAGCGAGGAUUAUACCGUGGUGUUCAGAACGGUGCCGGGUGAUGGCAAAUUUGAGGCUACCAUUCGGAGAUAUGUAAGCAAAAAGGGUAAAAAAACACAUUUUGAUGUUAUGGGAACUGUUAGCAGAAUAAAUUUAUACGGAUCUCAGAGUCUUUGUAUGACCGAUUUUCAUUUGAAACUGUAUUGUUAUUGCAUCACUUAGGGCCGAUUCUACAAUGCACUAAGCUAUACCUAGAAUAAACGUCCAUGGUUGCGUUAGUUACCAUUGCAUCAACCAAUAGGAUACCUACACGUCGCUAUGGCAUUUAUUCCAAGAAUAUCUUAUUCUGGUGUACUUGUAGAACCGGACAUUCCUCUAUUAAUUACCUAAGCGUACCUGUUUUGUUGUACAAGAAAUUAUAAGCAAUGUCUGUUGCACAUAAAUUCGUGUAUUGCUUGUGAUUUUCCGAACGUGUGAUAUAAAAUGUUCAGUGAUAUACCAUAAGUACCUAUAUUAAAAGAAAGCCUAUUGUUAAUAUAAUUUUAUUUACGAGAAUAUUAAGAAUUCUAUUUUUUAAGGGAAGCGUACCUGUAUUAUGUAUCCUCAAAGUUUAAAUAAAAUAGAAGUGGAUUA